AUGAGGCAGUGGCGCGGUCGCAUACUCGCAGGCACGAGCCUUACCUCCGCUGCUGCCCGAGCCCCUUGGCCUCGCUCUUCCUCCAACACGCGCGUCGCCAACUAUGCCUCGCCCGCUCCGCCGCCUGGACCCGCACGACUUCCCGCCGCGGCCCUGGUGGCCUCCUCGAGCACCACCAGCAGGACCGGCACCGCCACAACGCGCCUCACGGGCGCGUGUAGUCGGUGGGCAACCCUGCGGGCUUUGGGCUCCAAGACUGAGGAGAAGGCGGCCCAGCAGACCGCCGGCAUCCAGCACGCCCAGCGGACGAGGUUCGUGCACGACCCUGACCAGGGGGAGCCCUCCAUCGAAGGGUGGGACCGGGAGCCCGUCUUCGCUCCGCUUGUCGUCUCCCGCUACACGUGGGAAGAAGAAGAAGAACACGUGAAGGAGGGGAAGGCUGUGCCGCGUGAGCUGAUGAGGCGCAUGGGACAACUGUACCUCAACGGGGGCGUGUUAUUCGCGCGGCUGGCGGCGUUGAGUGAUGCGCGGCUUGACUGGUUCGUCAGGCGCGGGCGAGUGCACGAGAUCAAGCUGCUCGAGCACUUGCUGGCCUCCAACGUUCUCCUCGCCGCUCUCCCCGAGGUCAAGGAGGGUAACUGCUAUCUGAUGGAGGACCCGAUCGAAGCGCCUGAGUGGGUUGAGUGUCCGUCCAACGAACUCGCCGACUGCUUUGCAGAUCAGCUUCAGUGGCACGGCGCCUACACUUCGUGGGAGGAGGGCCGAGACGAGGCCAUUCGCAUCGGCCAGCGAGCCUGCAAUGAUCUCUUUGGCUCACGCACUGGUGAGCAGCUCAUCUUCACUUCAACUCGGCCCUGGUGCGGGUGGUUCCUUGACGUGGCGUGGGACUUCACCUGCAUUGGGGUCGAUCUGGGCACGCGUCAGGCCUGGCUGCUCUGUGCCACCGACUCCGAUCUGCCACGACGUCGAAAAAUUUGA